AUGUCUUAUUUAAGCGCUACAGAAAAUGUAAGUUUCAGUGGAAUCCCACAGAACAUUGCCGAUGCAAGUUGUGCCAGUCAGUAUAAAAUGGCAGUGGACAGUGUACCAGGAACAUGUAACAGUGAAGCAAAUUUGUACAUUAAUGAUAGUUCUGGUGAUGAACAAAACUACAUACCACACUUGUCGGACAACUUCUUUCAUUCAAAAUUCAAAAUAGAUCCCAACGAAUUGUAUACAUUUCAUGAUUCAGAUGUAAUCGCUGGAGAAAUCACUGUUAGCCAUACAGAAGACAACUUCAUCUUUGAUAAUGAAACAAAACCCAAGAUCUUAGACAGUCCAAAUAAAGAACUUGACAUACUGGGUGUUUUCAAUGGGGAGAUCAAAGAGGAACCAAAAGAACACAUUUUAAAUGGUCAUUACUCACCUGAUGAAGUUCCAAAUGCUGUUAAAAAAGUAGCUGAUAAAAAGAUUAGUAAUGCCAAAGUAAAAAGAGGUCAGAGUCCAGCCAAUUGCAUGAACCAUCCAAAAAUUACUGUUGUGCGUCGCCCUAUACAAAAUGCCAAACAGGUAUCACAGGGUAAAGUUGUGUUGACUAAUAAUACUGUCCUUAAUGAAAAAACACCUAGUGGAGCUGUUAUGUCUGGUACAGAAACAUUUUUAGAUGUAUUUAAACGUGAGCACUGCACGUCUGAAAAACAACCAGGAGUUAACAAGACUGAAUCCUAUGUUGCACCUGUUAAGAUUCCCACUGCGGCUAAAAAGUCUGCAGUGAAAUCAUCAGCAAAGAUAAAAAAGGGAAGAGGUCCAAUACAACAUGAAGCACUGCAACGGAUACCAGUUCAGAGUAGAGCAACAGUUGUUCCAAAUAAACAGUGGCAUGCACCGGGUGAUGAGUUAUUUCAAUGUGGUCCACUCGAUGUUCAAAACACCAAUCCAUAUAAACUGGAAAGCAGCAGUAGUGAUGAUGACAAUAUGCCUGAUUUUGAAUGUAGCUCGGGUCCCAUAUGUGUAGAAGAGUGUGCUGCGGAAUCUCGCAGUUCCCGGCUAGAGUUGCGUCGGGCCGCUUUAAGAAGACAUGUAAUGAGAACAGCCGCGUCGUUGAGUUUAUCUAAAAAACACACUGGCCAUAGAGAUCUAGCUCAUCUAAUAAAGAAACAACUGAAUGAAAGCAGUUCGUGUCGUCUUCCACAGCAAACUGUAAAUCAUUUGUUAGCGAUGCGCGGUAUGUCAGCGACGUUAUCUUUACAAGAGCGGCGAAAGUUACGAGCAAGCGGCUGGUCAGGCGGCGACAGCAGUAAACUAGACGCCCAGGCAACAAGUAUGUGCGCUGAAGAGAAGUGUACGCAAUCCCCGCUGCCUUGCGGUCGAUAUUGCUUGAAACAUGUAACGCUAGCACCAGAACAGCGGUUAUACGCGGCGUGUGCAGCGGUAUUCGCUGGUGGAGAGCGCUGUAAGCAACCGUUGUUGCCGCUCCGAGAUCAAACGCCGCUGUGUCCCGAACAUGCUUGGAAACGGGACAAUUACGAGUUGCUAAGCCGCGAAAGCAAACCGCAGAAGGCAGUUCGUAAACGGGCGUGGGUGCCGUCCAAUCGCACUGUCCGUCCGCCCAGGAAGCCUAAGCGACGUCGCCGACUGGUACCUAAGAAACCACCCGUGCAUACCCAGUCUUUGUCAGAAAUAAAUGCGUACUCGAAUUCAUCGGCAUACGACAGCGAAGACACCGGUAUAGGGGGUUUGAGUGAAAGCGAGUAUAUAGCAGGCGCAAACUCAGCUGAGCUAGCAGAGGUAGGCCAUGUGCCUCCAGAUGACAUCCUCGAUCCGAACGUGCUCAGCCAAAUGCCAGAUGAAGCUUUUACGGAAUUCUUUAAUCAAGCUGAGGGUGGUACAUUUGGGGAGAGCUGCGAACUCGCGGCCGCAUUAGAAGCUGUCUUGGACGAGCGCGCGUUAGACAUGCCCGACUGUGUUUUUCAACACUCGCCGUUACCGGGCAACAAGAUGCAAGUAACAGCAGUAAGCAUGGAGUCGUCGAGCACGCCUUCAUAA